GUCGGCGAGUAGAGAUGCUGACCGCGUAUCCUGUGAGCAGGCCUUAAGCUCAAGCGCUAGCAACUGCUGAAGGACGCUGGAAUUGUCAGAGGUAGCGCGAGCGUCGAGGAGCUUUUCGAGAAGCGCGACGUAGACGUCAGGACCGAAACGUUGGCAAUGCUGCGCGAAAGGCGUGAGUGUGGUCAGCGAUGGGCUGUAAGCUUUUGCUCGGUGCACUCUUCGCCAUCACUCACCCUCCGAAGCUCUUCCUGGUAUGCUGCGAGAUUGUCUGGGGUGACUGUCGAGAUGAGAAAGUUGACCUGACUCUUGACGACGGUGAGAUCGCCAGCCUUUCCUUUCUCGGUCUUGCUCGCCUGUCGUUCCUGCUGUUGACGUCUCUGGUGCAAAAGAGCCGAAAAGCCCCUUCUUUGAUUAGUCGAAGCCGUCGUUGCGUUCGUCGUCGUCGUCUCGUUGGUGGUGCUGGUAAAGAAGAGGAUGCGUAUAUGCGCGACGACGAGGGCGACGACGAGGGUGAAGCGAAGGAGAAGCUUGACGAGUGUGAAGAAGAGGAGAAGAAAGGUCGACGAGUAUGAUGCGUUGCACACGGCAAUGCAAUGGCCGCGAAUACGUUGGUGAUGAGGAGGAGGAGCAGGAGG